AUGAAUCCCUUGAAAUGUGCUUUUGGGGUUGCUGCUGGGAAGUUUCUUGGGUUCACUGUUCGACACAGGGGCAUCGAGAUCGAACAAGCUAAGAUCGACGCUAUAAUGAAGAUGCCUGAACCACGAAACCUUCAUGAGCUUAAGAGCUUACAAGGGAAGUUAGCAUACAUCCGAAGGUUCAUAUCAAACCUGGCAGGAAGAUGUCAACCCUUCAGUCGGCUAAUGAAGAAGGGCACCCCGUUCGUAUGGGACGAAGCGUGCAAGAACGCGUUUGAAAGUAUCAAGUCAUACUUAAUGAAGCCGCCCGUGUUGACCGCUCCUAUUCACGGUCGCCCACUGAUCCUUUAUAUCUCUGCCCAAGAAAGCUCUGUGGGUGCCCUGCUCGCUCAAGAAAAUGACAACGGGAAAGAGAAUGCCCUCUACUAUCUCAGUAGAAUGAUGACCCCAAAUGAGUUAAAAUACUCUCCAAUUGAGAAGCUAUGUUUGGCACUCGUGUUCGCCAUUAAAAAACUUAAGCACUACUUUGAAGCUCACAUCAUUCAACUUGUGUCGAAGGCGAACCCGGUAAAAUUUGUUAUGGCGAAGGUCGUUCUCUCUGACCGCCUGGCAAGGUGGUAUUUAUUGUUUCAACAGUUUGAAAUCGUCUAUGUGCCACAAAAGUCUGUCAAGGGGCAAGCGUUAGCCGAUUUCUUAGCAGAUCACCCGAUACCAGCUGAAUGGGAAUUAUCUGAUGACCUACCUGAUGAGGAUGUGCUUAUCAUCGAAGUCCUACCCCCAUGGAAGAUGUAUUUUGAUGGAGCUGCGCAUAGAGGAGGGGCAGGAGCUGGAGUUGUGUUCAUCACCCCAGAAGGUGAAGUGUUGCCAUAUUCAUUCACCUUGACAGAGCCGUGUUCAAACAAUGUUGCUGAGUAUCAAGCAUUGAUACUGGGACUAGAGAUAGCAGUUGACAUGAAGCAGCUGAGAAUUAACAUCUAUGGAGAUUCAAAGUUGGUCGUCAACCAAGUGAUGGAUCUGUACGAAGUGAGGAAAGCAGAGUUAAUCCCGUACAACAACUACGCAAAGAUACUCAUACAAUGGUUGGGGGACGUCACGAUUGAACAUGUACCAAGGAAAGAGAACAAGCAAGCUGACGCCUUAGCCGCAUUGGCUUCAACUAUUGCUCAUCCUACAGCUCGAGUACAAGUAUGUCAAAAGUGGGUAGUUCCACCUAUCUUCAACGAAGAUGGCUCAGUCGAUGAAACUGUUGAACUCCCUACUGCUUCCGUUUACGACAUUGGCCAAGAUGACUGGAGGCAGCCGUUGAUUGACUACUUCACUGAUGGGAAGUUACCAGAAGAUCCUCGCAAGAGGGUGGAUAUAAAGCGCCGAGCUCCUCGUUUCAUCCACUAUAAUGAGACGUUGUAUCGUCGUUCAUUUGAUGGAGUCUGGCUCCGAUGUCUAGGAGAAGAAGAGGCAUUACAAGCCAUGCAAGAAGCUCAUUCUGGGGUGUGUGGUGCACAUCAGUCUGGCCCUAAGUUGCAUUUCCACAUUAAACGAAUGGGUUAUUAUUGGCCUACAAUGGUAAAGGAUUGCAUAGAUUACGCUCGAAGGUGCCAAGCUUGUCAAGUUCAUGCAAACUUUAUCCAUCAGCCACCAGAGCCUUUACACCCAACAGUCGCAUCAUGGCCGUUUGAUGCUUGGGGACUUGAUGUGGUUGGCCCAAUUACGCCCAAGUCAUCUGCAGGGCAUACAUACAUAUUGGCCGCCACCGACUACUUUUCAAAGUGGGCAGAAGCCGUGGCAUUAAAAGAAGUAAAGAAGGAAAAUGUGGCAGACUUCCUCCGUGUUCAUAUCAUCUAUCGGUUCGGCAUCCCACGAUAUAUCUUGACUGAUAAUGGGAAACCCUUUGACAAUAAAUUGAUGGACAAGAUCUGCAAGCUGUUCGACUUUCAGCAGCGGAACUCAUCAGCAUAUUACGCAGCUGCGAAUGGACUUGCGGAAGCUUUUAACAAGACCCUAUGCAAUCUAUUGAAAAAAGUGGUCUCAAAAUCGAAACGUGAUUGGCAUGACAGAAUGGAAGAAGCAUUAUGGGCAUAUAGAACCACAUACCGCACACCUACUCAGAGCACUCCGUAUUCUCUGGUGUAUGGUGUGGAAGCAGUCUUGCCUCUAGAGCGCCAAAUACCUUCUUUAAGGUUAGCCAUACAAGAGGAUCUCACUGAUGAGGAAAAUGCCAAGUUACGCUUGGCUGAGCUAGAAGCCUUGGAUGAAAAACGGCUGCAAGCUCAACAGAGCUUGGAAUGCUAUCAAGCUCNGCAGAUCACCCGAUACCGGCUGAAUGGGAGUUAUCUGAUGACUUACCUGAUGAGGAUGUGCUUAUCAUUGAAGUCCUACCCCCAUGGAAGAUGUAUUUUGAUGGAGCUGCGCAUAGAGGAGGGGCAGGAGCUGGAGUUGUGUUCAUCACCCCGGAAGGUGAACCUUCUUAAAGAAAACAUCCACCCUGUUUUCUANAGGACCCGUUCUUUUCAAAUUGGUGACAAAGUACUAGCUGUUCGAAGACCAAUCAUUGUGACACGAAAAAUCGGCCACAAGUUCACUCCAAAAUGGGAUGGCCCCUAUGUGGUUCAAGAAGUAUACACCGGUGGGGCUUACAAGUUGGUUAGUGAAGAUGGUUUGAAGGNGAAACAGCUGAGAAUUAACAUCUAUGGAGAUUCAAAGUUGGUUGUCAACCAAGUGAUGGAUCUGUACGAAGUGAGGAAAGCAGAGUUAGUCCCAUACAACAACUACGCAAAGAUACUCAUACAAUGGUUGGGGGACGUCACGAUUGAACAUGUACCAAGGAAAGAGAACAAGCAAGCUGACGCCUUAGCUGCAUUGGCUUCGACUAUUGCUCAUCCUACAGCUCGGGUACAAGUAUGUCAAAAGUGGGUAGUUNAUACUCAUACAAUGGUUGGGGGACGUCACGAUUGA